CUUUCGCAUGAGCUUCCUGCCUUCCUCUCUGCAAGACGCAUUUUUGUAGUACGGAAGCGUGCGUUACUUGUCGACAUGGCGGAGGUGGAAAUCGAGGAAUUCAUUGAACAAAACAAGCAUUUGGCCACGCUUGUAGAUACAUAUCGUGGCAUCUCCGAGAGUGAAAAACAAUGGAAGGCCAGGAGGGAAUUCCUAUUCAGAAAUAUAAACGACUUUGAGGACCCACACAUUGACCAGCUGCUAGCAUUGUCCAUGGUAUGGGCCAACAACGUGUUUCUUGGCUGUCGAUACAGUCCAGACCUCCUGGAGAAAAUGAAGGAAAUGGCUGAAGGAAUUGUGGUGGAGGAUGCCCCUGUUUUCAAAACCAGAGAUGAGAUAAUGAAAAAACAGAUCAUUUGGCAGUACGUCCAAGCAGCCUCACAACCACAGACCACGUGUAACCACGCCAGCCCAGGGCCUCCAUAUCCAGCUUCUUCACCUGCUGGAUUGUCUGAGACCAGCCACCCGGACACCUGAUGAAACUGGGUUUGCACAAACUAUCUCUGCACAAACUGUCAAAAACCGUUUCAGGGAAGCACAUCUGGGUGCUCGUCGUCCUUACCAGGGUCUUGACCUGACUGCUGUUUGGUGUCGUAACCGACUUCAGGGGGCAAAUGCUCACCUUCCAUGACCACUGGCACGCUGGAGAAGUGUGCUCUUCACGGAUGAAUCCCGGUUUCAACUGAUACGGGCAGAUGGCCGACAGCAUGUAUGGCGUUGUGUAGACGAGCGGUUUGCCGAUGUCAACAGUGCCCCUUGGUGACAGUGGGGUUAUGGUAUGUGCAGACAUAAGCUACGGACAACAAACACAAUUGCAUUUUAUUGAUGGCAAUUUGAAUGCACAGAAAUACCGUGACGAGAUCCUGAGGCCCAUUUUUAAGGUAUCUGAUCAACAUCUGUAUUCUCAGUCAUGUGAAAUCCAUAGAUUAGGGCUUAAUGAAUUAAUUUCAUUGACUGAUUUCCUCAUAUGAACUAACUUAGUAAGAUCUUGGGAAAUUGUUGCUUUUUGUUCAGUAUAGUUGUGCAAUACAUUUUAUAGAUAAAAGGAUAAGUAGGGUAUCAUUUUUUAAAUGUGUGCAUGCUUUUCUCCUUUGAGAAAACCGCUCAUUGAAAGGGGUGGACAGAUCUCAAAAUUCUUCAGCAAAGGACUCCGGUAGGAUACUCGUGCUUUCUCAGGGGGAGACGAGGACACUCCUCCGUUUACCUACUAACUUAUUGACACUCUUCAACCACUUACCGGUUUCCGGGUCACAGAGGACUGUCUUUUCCCCCAAAUGAGAUUCUCCCCCAGUUGCCUGCUACUACCCAUCGAGGUUGCAGCGGAUGAGGAUUAUUUACCCUAGUCCAUAAUACAAUCCAAGACAAAACAAUUAUACAUGCCACAGCUGCACUCUUCACAUAAGAGCUGAAAUCAAAAUCUCAAAGUCUG